AUCAUCAAGUAAAGUAUCAUCAAAGAGUAAGGUACCAAUUGAAAAGCCCCGGUGAAAAGCUGACUUCUACUUUCGUUUUCAACUCGUCCUUUAAUCAUUGUGUAAAAGUUUGAACAGGAUCCCCAAACACUUCAAAUACUUUUCUGUGCGUACGCACUGCACUUGUACUGAACUGAAAGUGAUAACAACCACCAUUUUCCGUUUUCCUCUUUCACUCUUUCCUGCUCAAGCAUGCAGUCACAGUAAAGUAUCUGAAUCCUGCACGACAUGGCAAGGUACAUCCUGAGUCGGAUCGUUUCAUGAAAGAACUUGUUGGACGUUUUCUCUACAGUUGCCAUAGUAACAGUGCAUCUCAGUCAAUCAGAAUCAAGGAAAGUUUUCAGAUCUGACAACUUGUCGGACAAAAAUGUUGAGGAAAUGCUCCCCUAAUAUGGGCUCUACCAACUCAUCAAGAAUCUGACCAUGACCAUUUUGUGGAAAUGAUCUGAUAGAAGGAAGUACCCAAGUGUCUGAUGACAACGACGUGAAUUGUUUUUUUUAAUAUCAUUAACGAUUCUAUCAUUUUGAAGAUCUGUCACGAAAGUCACUCAAAUUUCAUGAAAAAUGAAUCUAGACGGAAUAAAUUACUCUUCGGAAGCUUCUUGAAAACAGUGACCAAUCUGUAUCCUCAAUGGCAUCUGAAUAGCGGAUGAUUAAUGAACAGUCAAUAUUAGCAGACCUUUAUCGUCACAACCUCCUAGGAUUGGAGCGAAUAGAACUUGGGUGAUACAUCAGUAACUUCAAAAUCGUAUGUAGGCUACAGAAGUAUUUUGGUUUAAGGGAAUAAUUCAUUCAAUUUCGAAACACCAUUUUUGUCUCGCCUGCAUAGCAGAGCGAGACUAUAGGCGCCGCUUUUCAGACGGCGACGGCGGCGUCAACAUCAAAUCUUAACCUAAGGUUAAGUAUUUAAAAUGACAUAACUUAGAAAGUAUUUAGACCUAGUUCAUUAAACUUAGACAUAAGGUUAAUCAAGUAUUACUGAACAUCCUGCCUGAGUUUCAGGUCACAUGACUAAGGUCAAAGGUCAUUUAGGGUCAAUGAUCUUAGACCAUGUUGGGAGAAUUAUUUUCAAAAUCUUAACCGAACGUUAAGUUUUUGAAAUGACAUCAUAACUUUGAAAAUUUAUGGAUCUAGUUCAUGAACUUAGACAUAAGGUUAAUCAAGUAUUAGUGAACAUCCUGCUUGAGUUAAAGGUCACAUGACCAAGGUCAAAGGUCAUUUAGGGUCAAAGAACUUUGGCCAAGUUUGGGGUAUUUGUUGAAUUACCAACAUAACUUUGAAAAUUUAUGGAUCUAGUUCAUGAAACUUGGACAUUAGGUUAAUCAAGUACCACUGAAUAUCCUGUGCGAGUUUCAGGUCACAUGACCAUGGUCAAUGGUCAUUUAAGGUCAAUGAACUUUGGCCGUGUUGGGGGUACUUGUUAAAUUACCAUCCUAACUCUGAAAGUUUAUGGAUCUAGUUCAUAAAACUUGGACAUAAGAGUAAUCAAGUAUCACUGAACAUCCUGUACGAGUUUCAGGUCACAUGACCAUGGUCAAAGGUCAUUAAAGGUCAAUGAACUUUGGCCGUGUUGGGGUUAUUUGUUGAAUUACCAUCCUAACUCUGAAAGUUUAUGGAUCUAGUUCAUAAAACUUGGGAUAUAAGAGUAAUUAAGUAUCACUGAACAUCCCCUGAGAGUUUCAGGUCACAAAACCAAGGUCAAAGGUCAGUUAAGGUCAAUAAACUUAGGCCAUGUUGGGGUAAUUGUUGAAUUGCCAUCAUAACUUUGAAAGUUUAUGGAUAGAGUGAAUGAAAUGUGGUCAUGGGUGUAGUUGACAAGUCUUAAGUCACCGUUCAAAUGUCAUUUAUGGUCAAUGAAUGUGGUAUUAUGUCAUUAUAUGAAUGGUGUUUUUGUGAAUGAUUAUUUUGUAGUAGUUUUCGAAGUUAGCACUGCUGCUAUAUCAAAUCGCGUAAUACAGGCGAGACUGCCAGAGGCGUUCCACUUGUUACUCGUUACAAAAUGGAUGGGAAACAUACCACCACCAUUCUCAUUUUCCUGCUUAUGGCAGUCAAUCUUUCUGAGACGGUUAAGACUUUCAGCGGAAUAGCGGAACUUAUACUCCCGCAAUCGUCAAACCUGAACAUUACAAAAGAUUUCGUUCAACAUCUUGAUGCUUCGCUAGAAAACAUACUCUCAGGAGUUGUUGAUGAUGUUAUAGUCUCUUUGAUUCAUACUACUGCAGCUAAUCGAAUGAUGGUUUCUUUUCUAGCACAUUUUGAAGACUUCGAAAUAAUCCCUGCUUGUCUUUCUAGAGGUGCAUUUCAUUACACGAGUGGAUUGUCUUCCUUUUCAUAUACGAUAAGUAAAGUAUCAUUGCAGAACUUUCGAAAUAACUUUCAUAACGAAUGCUUUGAUAAUAAAUACAAUGUAGCAUAUUUUGAAUAUGUUGAAGAGGAUUGUAAAUUUGAGAAAUUUGCAUGCGAAUUAGACUUUGAUCUAAAUCGGAUAUCAAGAUAUGAAAUUAAUAAGGGCGGAUCAGUUUUGUACAAUUUUUACUGCAUCUCCGUGGAUUAUGCAGAUGGAGAGUGUGUGGUGGCAGAUGGGUGGUUAAAACUUGAAUGGGAUCAGCGAAAUGACUUAAAUUGCUCAAUCAAUCAAAAUAUGAUUAUGACGUUGAGACCGGACUUUGAAUUCAUCGAUGAUAUUGACCUUCAAGAAACAAGUCGUAUCAAUAUAUUCCCCAUUUCGCUUCCCUGCAUAGAUCUAAGAAUUUCACCACCAAUAAUCCCAAUAAGUGGUGAUCAGACGUGGGAUAAACUCCCAAACUGGUUAAAGGUGUGUCUACGAAUCCUAAAUGGCAUGUCUUUAUGUGCUCUUCUCUUCUGCUUGCUAACCUUCGCCUUGUUCAAAGAGCUUCGUAAUGCGCAUGGUAAGAAUGUUUUGUGCCUCGUAGUUGCAACAUUGCUAUCUCUCUUUUAUACAUCAGGAUAUAUACCACUCCAAACUGACAAUCCUGGACUUUGUGUCUUAAUAGCUACUCUCAUCUACUUCCUUGUACUCGUACCCAACUACUGGUGGACAGCAGUUGCCAUUUUCCUAGCGUGGACUCUUGGCAGGAAAGGUAUACAUCGCAUGGAAGAAAUAUCUGGGAGCCGAUUUUUUAUUCUCUUGUCCCUUUUUGGAUGGGGUCUUCCUCUAAUAUUCUCACUUAUCCCCAUAUUUCUUCUAAUGGGAGGCAUCAAGGGAUAUGAUAUCGACGGAUAUUGCUGGAUAACAACCGGCUGGCCGAUCCUUGUCCUAACAGCCCAAUCUUUCAUACCAUUCCUCAUUGAUUGCAUACUGUUCGGUCUGGUGAUUUACAGAUUAAGAGAAACUCGACAUAAUCUGGCAUCUAUGGAUUCUUCAGGAAAGAACAGACGAAUAGCUGAUCGUCAAUUAACAAUAAAGAUGAUGGCAAUCUUUGGAGUCUUCUGGCUUCCUUCUUGGAUCUUCUUUGUGGCUUUUCUCAUCCAUCCCAUCAGCAGUCUAGCAAUCAUCUCUCAAGUUCUAAACCAACUCUCGACUUUCAUCCUUCCAAUCGUGUUGUGCUGUAACAAGCGCGUUGCUGCACUAUGGAAGGCCAAAUUGGCGCCACUAAGGGAUCAUCUCAGCAGCUCAACUAAUUCAACUCCCACUGACUCCCGUAAUGCUAAUAAACAAACAGCGAAUGAUAAACCAUUUAUUCCCAGUGACAUUACUCCAAGAGAUCACAAAGACGUUGAGCUUCAUGAAAUGCAAACCUGAUGGGCCUAUUUUAGGCGGAGGAACAUGUUUUGAUCCGGAAAAAAAAGAUUUAGAUGAUCGCUUUUUUAUGUAAAUCCAAUAAUCAAGUUUUAAUCGUUUUGAACAAAAAAAUACUUCAUCUUUCUAUCAAUUCCCAAGUAUAAUUACUUAAUUGUUUUAGAAUGAUAUAAUGGUAUGUUAUUUCAAGACUGAUUAGAAGCAUGAACUGAAUUGUAAAAAUCUCUUACAUAUAAAAACAAAAAUAAAAUAGUAUUACACCCGCUGCAUUCAUACCAAUUGGUCCAGCAGUGUACACAUCCAGAUCCAGAAAAAAAAUAUACAGAGCAUGGGUAAAUGUAAAACCAAUAACGUAUUUUUUCGGGCUAUAUGAAUGAUAUUAACAUUAUCAGCAGCCUAUUUCAAAUAAUUAUCAUGACUAUAGCUAAUCUCGGUUACUUCUUCAUAUGCUUGAAAAAUGGAAAAAUAAGGAAGGGUGGAUUUGUCAUAUACAUGAGUUGUAACAAAAUUACAAAGAAUACCAGUGCCUAUUUUAUAUUGUUUUAUUUACGGAGAAGAUAAUUUCACGUGUUCUUUGGUUAUUUUCGGCAAUAUCAUUGUGAGUACUAUACGUGUCUAACGACCUCAAAUUUGAGAGGUAUUUAGUUCCAUUUAGAUCACAUCAUCGUCACAUUGAAUUGUAGAAUAUUCCGAAUAUGGACGCUAAUCACGCUAUAACAAACAGUGAUAUUCAAUAGAUAUAUACAUUUGCAAUUGACAUUUUGUAAAUGGAUUACCACAAAUUUAUAAUUUCUUAUUUGUGUCAAUAUGUUACUCGGACUCGAAUCUUAUAAUCAACUUCAUAAACUAAUGAUCAUUUUUUGCGAAGAAUGCCUUUGAUGUAAAUUCAUUGAUUUUCAAGUUUUAUAUUAUAUGCCGAUAUGUGAUUUCAGAUGAUUAUUCAAUACCAAUCAAUAAUAUUAGGGAUUCAAAAAUUAUUGUUUUUCUUUUUCAAAAAAAUAAAAAUAAUAAUUGAUAGUAAAAGUAAUUGAAAUAAUAAUUAAUUAGUAAAAUAAUGAAAUAGUAAAAAAUAAAAAUAAAAGUAGUAGUAGUAAUAGUAAUAAUGAUAAUAAUGAACACAACAACAAUAAUAAAAAUAAUAAUAAUAAUACCAAUAAUACAAAUAACAAUAAUAAUAACAAUAAUGAUAAUGAUAAUAAUAAUAAUGAUAAUAAAAUGGUGCUUGUAAAGCGCAUUAUCAAUUCACACUGAUUAGCACGGCUCUAUAUGCGCUUUACAUAAAUAACUCUCCAAUUUUAAACCUAUAUGUUAAUAUGUCAACCCCAAAACCAAGGAUAAAGUCCCCGAAAAUGAAAUUUGAGAAUUUUAUUGAAUCGAAAAAGCGCAUCCUAAGCUUUAAUAUGACAUAAAACUUGUCAAAAUAUUGAUCAACAAUAACUCUCACAAGUACUUGAUUCGAUGCAGAAGAAACUAAGCGAGAGCUUAAAAAAUAAAGGAGAAAACAUUGAAGUUUGGGGUUCACUCAAAGUAGAUGUGCUCACUGUAAAACUUCCAAGCAGUAUGCCAUAAAAAAGAUUGUGUCCAAGAAACUCAUGAAUCUUGUUACCUACUCAAUUUUACGACUUUAAAUUUUGACACCAUGAAGAAGAAUCACUCUUAUAGAUAAGCUAAUUUUCAUUUUUUUGCAUUUUGAGGACCAAAUAACUGUUUUGGCUUUUUACAGAGAGCCUGUUAUUCUCCAGCUUCCCAAACCGAAAAUCAAACUUAUUUCAGACAAAAAUGAUAUCAACUGAUUUUGGAUAAAGCACUAUUCCAUUAUGGUGUAUAAAGUGUUGUUAUUUCUUGUUUUUGCCACUUUUCUCGCCUUUUUUCCUUUUUAAUGUUGUCAAGAUUGUGUAUUUGCACUUGUAUUUGUUUUGCAGGCGUAUCCCGUCACAAGCUUUUGCUUUGAGGGAACUACACCUUCUUUUAACAAAUAUGUUAUAUAUGUAUAUUUUAAUGACACAUGAUUUUGUAUAACUCAUAUUGAAAAAUUAUACUUUGUGAAAAAGGGAGAAAAUGAAUGUUUAAUUUGAAUUAAAUUGUUCACAUAUAGUA